AGUAGACCAGAGGACGUUUGGUAACUUCCUUAGAAGUUCGUUCCUGUUAAGCACGUUCUGAUUGAAUUGCUUUGACCUUCGGACCGCUGACUUCUGCGCAUCAUCGCACCCGACAAAUGGACCCAGUAGAGCUUGCCACGUCCUGCGCAAUGCCGCCAGUGCUUUCUCGGUCUGCUGUGACGGAGCAGCCCAAGACGCUCCGAUCCGCUCAUCUGAAGGUGGACACUUACAACGUCGCGGCGGUGGCACCCUACCAGGCUAUGCCGGUCGCUGGUCCAGUUAUCACGCAUCAUAAAUCUACUGCGCUUCCCGUCAUGGAGCCUCACCCAGAAAUGACCGAGGAGGAGCGCGAGGCACGCAUUGCGGAAAUGAUUGGCAACUAUAUGAAGAAGCUGGCGGAGCGUACGCAUCAUCAUAUGGGAUAUCCUUACAACCUGGACUUUGACUACGGGCUUCUGGAGGGUCUUACGAAAUACAGCAUCAACAACUUGGGCGACCCAUUCAUCGAGAGCAACUAUGGUGUUCACUCGCGUGAAUUUGAGGUCGGCGUCCUCAACUGGUUCGCACGAUUGUGGGAGAUUGACGAGGAGGAGUACUGGGGGUAUAUCACCACCUGCGGCACCGAGGGCAACCUACACGGUAUCCUGGUGGGCCGUGAGAACUUCCCGGACGGUAUCAUGUAUGCGUCCGCUGAGUCGCACUACUCGGUCUUCAAGGCGGCGCGCAUGUACCGGAUGCAAGCUGAGAAGAUUUCGACGCUGGAAAGCGGUGAGAUCAAUUACGAGGAGCUGAAAACCGCCCUUAUAGCAAACCAGGGCAAGCCCGCCGUCCUAAACCUUAACAUUGGGACGACAGUAAAGGGCGCAGUUGAUGACGUGGACCGCGUGCUGGAGGUGCUUAAGGAGGCGGGAUACAGUGAGGACCAGUUCUUCAUUCACUGCGACGGCGCGCUCUUUGGCAUGAUGAUGCCUUUCUUGCGCCGUGACGCGCCCAUGGUGACAUUCAGGAAACCCAUUGGAUCGGUGUCGGUGUCGGGCCACAAGUUUGUCGGCGCGCCCGUCCCGUGCGGUGUUGUCAUCACCAGGUUUAAGCACGUCAUGGCGCUUUCGUCAGAUGUGGAGUACCUCAACAGCCGGGAUGCCACCAUUAUGGGCAGCCGCAAUGGCCAUGCCCCGAUCUACCUGUGGUAUACCCUGACGCGUAAGGGUUACGAGGGCAUGCGCCGUGACGUGGAGCGCUGCAUGCGCAAUGCCCACGUCCUGAAGCAGAUGCUGGAAAGCGCCGGCAUCCGCACCAUGCUCAACGAGCUCUCGAACACCGUCGUGUUCGAGCGGCCCAAGGAGGAGGCUUUUGUGCGCAAGUGGCAGCUUGCUUGUGAGGGAGAUAUCGCGCACGUCGUGGUGAUGCCCAACAUCACAGUCGAGAAGCUGGAGGAGUUCGUAGCGGACUACGUGCAGAGCAGAGCACGCGUUGCGAUUGCGGCAGCCAAGCGCGUUGCCUGUGAGGCAAAGGCAGCGGAAGAGGAUCUGGACGCGUAGUGGGACUAUGUCGGCGGCCCUGUCAGGGCCCCCGUGGUGUCAAUGUGGGCAGUUACACAUUGCAUUGUAUUGUAUUGAAAAGAAGGUUUCAUUUGUGUUUGUUUGGGGACGCAUUGUAUGCUUCCUCAUCCCUUAUGCGUCGUGCGAAUGCAUGCGGAUUAAGCAAGGGAUGCUUCCGUGAGACCGUCAGAGAGCUUGCGGGCCAGCAGGUCCACGUGACUGCCAUGCGGCAAGAUUGCCGCUCACCCCAUUGAUGGAUGCACUCCCUGCAGGCAUACGAAUGUGAUAGAUGUUAUGUAUUUGCAGGAUUAUGCGAUGGAAAGCGAGCUUCUCCUUAUGCCGGUUAACUUGAGUGCUGAUGACCAUUCUUGCUUGCAUCGUGUAGUGUGAAGCCAAGGCAUGUACGCACAGUCUCCCCCCGGAUAAUUUAGGGCAUAACGCCAUUUCAAGGGCCUGCGAAGACAUUUUUUGCAGGUGCAUUUCAUAUCCCUUGCUUUCCUCUUCGGAGGUUAUGUACGAGCGCUUUGGUCCAUGUAUCAUGGGCGGCGUACAAUCUGCGGCACUGCCAUAACUGUCCGGAUUGAUGAAAUCGAGUCGCAAAGCCAUUGGUUUGAUCUAAUGUUGAGAGUUUUUUUCCUUAGUGAUGCACCAUGAGCCCUAUGGCUCGGUAACCGGGUCCGGUAGGGUGGGGCUUUGGUAGGGUUACCGAGCCUUUACCCUACCGAUAGGCUACCCUACCAAAUGGUUACCGGCUGGGACAAGACUCGGUUGACCGUAAUGGAAUGUAAGGGGAAGUGCUUAACCAUGCAUGAGAAGUGCCUUGUUUUACACCUGGUUCAGUGAAGCGACCAGACCUGCCUGCGGAGCUGUUGCGUGCUACUGUGCUGGCUGGUGCAUGCUGACAGAUAAGUAUUUUCCUAGUUAGGCUGCCCUUGAGAUUUGAUUUUUAACAUACGCUGUAC